AUGUCCCUUCCAUCAGCGGCGCGUGGCGUAACAAAUGUUGUUAUUCGUUGUGAGGCGGCGAAAGAAACCGGGUUUUUGGAUCUUUCCGAUUGCCAAAUUAUGUAUAUUGCCGAUGCAAUUUAUAUGAUCAUACGCGAUAGUCCGGUGACUAAAGUGAGUUUGAUGUGCAAUCAGAUGCAGAAAUUCCCGAAAAAGAUGGUCACCAAAUUGCCGGGGAUCAGAUGGGUUAAUUUCAACCAAAAUAAAAUUAGUGAACUGCCUGAGGAAGCGGGUGGCUGGAGCUUGAAGGGCAUUAAUGCGUCGGCAAAUCAGUUCACCGCAAUGCCGGAAGUUGUCUUUUCAUGGUCAGAAUUGAAUGUGCUCGAUUUUGCAGAUAAUCAAAUUAAAGAAUUGGAUGUUGAACGUCUUUUUGAAUCACUACCAAAUUUGAAAGGCCUCAACCUGGCCAACAAUCCCCUGACCUCUGAAGUCAAAGAACGGUUAGAAAAGUUGAAACCCGAGCAAUUGAUUAUGCAGUUA